AUGAAACGAUCAGCCCCUCCCCCGGCUGGCUCUAUCUCCCCACCCCUGAUUAGGCGUAAAAUCGAAUCGGCUACAACCAGCAAGGCUGUGGCUAGUUUCUUCAAACCAGCGUCGCAAAAAGAACCGGAGAAACUCGUGUGGCGGACCGUUAACCACAGCCUCAUCAUUGGCCAGUACAACGUGCCCCAGAAACCACCUCAACCACGGACACUUCCUGUCAAGAUCGCAGCCUUCGACCUGGAUGACACUCUCGUGACUCCCAAUUCUGGAAACAAAUGGGCGAGAACUGCAGUGAGUUGGAAGUGGUGGGACCCAUCAGUCCCCGGCCGACUGAAAUCUCUCCACGAUGAUGGCUAUCUCCUAGUCAUUCUCAGCAACCAGUCAGCCAUCAGUCUAAAAGAUAAUCCCAAAACGCUCAAAAAGGACAUGGCCAGCCUGGCAAACUUCAAAAACCAGGCCAGUUCAAUCCUGAAACAACUCGACCUACCAGUCAGUAUCUACGCCGCAACGGGCCAAGAUCGAUACCGCAAGCCUCGAGUAGGGAUGUGGGAGGAGAUGCUAGAAGACCACGAUCUUCACGCAGACGGAGCGGUGGACAUGGCACACUCGUUCUAUGUGGGCGAUGCGGCCGGAAGAGACAAGACCGACAAGAGACGAAAAGAUCAUGCAACGUCGGACAGGGAUCUUGCCGCAAAUAUCGGCAUUCAGUUUCACACACCAGAAGAAUUCUUCCUCGACGAGACCACCGAACCGUACGAGCACGUCUUUGACCCAACAAAGCACCUUGAGCUCGCAAAGCCUUCUUGUUCUGCCGUGAGUGACGCAAAGGAAAGUUUGAUAUCAACGCCGUUCACGAAGAAUAGCCCCCAUGAACUGGUCAUUUUCUGUGGGUCACCAGGGGCUGGAAAAAGCACAUUCUAUUGGAACGUACUCCAACCACUCGGUUAUGAGAGAGUCAAUCAGGACAUCCUCAAGACUCGCGACAAAUGCAUCAAGAAAGCAAAGGAACUCUUGGAAGCAGGGCUAUCCGUGGCAGUUGGGGCAGAAUGA